ACACGUGGCACUUCGGUGGCGCCACGAGACGAGAGGAAGGAAAAGAGCAGCGAGCCGAGGGAAAAGGGCAGCCGGAGACGGGAGGAGGAACAGCCAUGGCGACCACUCUCUCGUUAUCUUCUCCCCUCUUCCUCGCUGCUGCUCCGCCCAAAGCUACAAAUGUGAUUCUGCGUGGAGUGGCUUCAGCUAGUCCAUCAUGGAACAAUGCAAAACUACCAUGCAAGUGGUAUUAUGAUGGUACAGCGCAUGGCAGGAAGCAACAGCGACACACAUCAAUAGUAUAUGUGUUUGGAAGAAGGACAAAGACCACCAGAGAAACAGUUGUUCCAGACCCAGAUUACCGACUACCGAUUGCUAUACUUGGGAUAGCUGGUGCAUUUGCAUACGCAGACAAUCUUCUUGCUGCUGCACCUGUAGGCCUACUGGGGCUGCUUCUUUUGUUUCAGACUACUAGAGUAAGAUUCGUCUUUGAUGAUGACUCCCUGGAAGUGAAAGUGGGCAAUGAGCUGCAGGAGUCAGGCGAGAACGUAUUUGUUGGUGGCAAGAACCGCUGGAAAUACUCGACAUUUGUGAAUUGGGAACUGUGGUGGCCGCAAUUUCCUAUCUUGGUUUACUUCAAAGAGACCCAAACAAAACCUGAAGGCCAGAUCCAUUUCUUCCCUGUGAUCUUUAACGGUCGACAACUCUAUGAUGUUAUGGUGGAGCGCGCUGGACCUUCGGAAACAAGUGGUCCUACUAAUCCUUGAGACAGACGAUGAGUUGAGGUCCAUUUGUUGUAUAGCAUUAGGUCAAGUUCCAGGAGCCAAAAUCACGAUUUGGACAAUCUACAUAAAUUUGUGUAUUCUUUUUUUUUGUAAUAGUAUUAUAUGCAUUAACCUUGAAAACAAAUGAUGCAAGAAAUUGGUGCAAUGCAGUCUCAACAUGGUGUCGUCUACCUUCGUGGCAAGAAAAAGAACAGGAGUGUUUACCUCCGUAUGUGAUUUACUGAAUCAUCUCGCAUGUAAUAGUAACUUUGAAUUUGCUGCUCGUAUUAAGGAAUGUCUUGUGGUUUUUCUGUUU